CUUCCACGUUGGCCCGGACGUGGCAGCAGACAGCAUUUUAUUCUUGUGUGGAAAUCACAGUAACCAGAUCAGUGUGAUAUAGCCCUGUCUAAUAUCACAAGUUUUUUUCCCCCACGGCUUCAGGCAUCCGCGGACAGACAUGGGACUCACCAUCUCGUCCAUCUUCGGUCGGCUCUUUGGCAAAAAGCAAAUGAGGAUUUUGAUGGUUGGGCUGGAUGCAGCUGGAAAAACAACCAUCUUGUACAAGCUGAAGCUCGGUGAAAUUGUUACCACUAUUCCCACCAUUGGUUUCAAUGUGGAGACGGUAGAAUAUAAAAAUAUCAGUUUUACUGUUUGGGAUGUGGGCGGUCAGGACAAGAUCAGACCUCUCUGGAGACACUACUUCCAAAAUACACAGGGUCUCAUCUUUGUAGUGGACAGUAAUGACAGAGAAAGAGUGACUGAGUCUGCAGAGGAGCUCUCAAAGAUGUUGCUGGAAGAUGAGCUGAAAGAUGCCGUUUUGUUGGUAUUUGCUAACAAACAAGAUCUUCCAAACGCCCUAUCAGUCAGUGAACUGACAGAAAGACUCGGCCUACAAGCUCUUCGCAACAAAACCUGGCACAUCGAGUCCACCUGCGCCACCCAGGGCACCGGGCUUUAUGAAGGACUUGACUGGCUAUCCAAAGAGUUGUCGAAGAACUAAAUCAAGGAUUGGUUGGACAGAGGAGAGAGACUGUACAUCACAGGAGAAGAGAAGAGGCAUAGACAUUCAAUCCAGAAGCAUGUAUUCCUCCAGCAUUAAUGCUAAACUGGUCAAGGCUGGUGGACAGUAUAUUCAGUUAUGACUACCUUUACUUUCUUGUCUUUUUUUUUUCUUAUAUUAUCAAGAUUACUUUAUUACUUAGCAAAAUCUUUUUUCCCCUUGUUGCCUUGCAUUUAAGUUUUCAGUUUGGUGAUGAGCAAAUGACUUAUUUUUUGGAGAUUUCAUGGAAAUAAUUUGUUUAAUUGUUGGACUUUCUUAAAGUCUUCUCAAGCAUUGAUUGGGGAAUAUGAAUAUAUAACCCCAGAGGUUUGGUGAAAGACACUCUGUGGACUGCCACGAGCUGUUAAUCUCCAUAGCCCCCUGUGGAUAUUCAUCCUGCACUUCCUACUACCAUGUUCUCAUUCCUGUGCCAGCUCUUUUUUUCUUUUUUUUUUGUCUUUAAGGCUGUGGCUCAUAGAGGGAGCUGGAAGAGGAUUGCAGCAGUUAUGUUAGUGGUGUGGAGUCACAUGGCUCCAAAAAGGAACAGUGUGCCUUCUGGUGUCAUUUUGCACAAAUCACAGCUAUCUAUUCUUUAUCACAAUGUAAGGUCAAGCUCCUGCCUUAGAUGUUUUUGUGUAUUUAUGUUUUUUGCAAGAUAACAUUAUGCAGUAAGACUGUGCUGUGCUGCAGCAGAACCACACCACUGUGAGCGUAGAUUGCUUCCUUGCAUCUUUACUUCACUCAGCCUUUUUGUUUUUUGCUUUUUUAUUAUUAUCCUGUUCUACUGUUUACUGAUUUUGUUUCCUUUUUUAACAACCACCAUGAAAAGACUGAAUCAAAAUUUCAGUUCAUCUUUAAGAGGAAAUUGAACCUAAAAGGAGGAAGGAAAUGUUUUUCAGUGUUGAAACAUGGCCAGUGUUAUUGCAACACAGUAAAGUAACAUGCUUUUGUUUUUUUUUUUGUUUUCUUUUCCAGCAGUCUGUAGAGCUUUGUUUACUUUACUGUCUUGCAAGUGCCAUAUUGUAUUAAUUAUUUCACCCCUGCUGGAACACAAGAUACCUGCCCAUCAUUUAAUUUGGGUCAACAUUCCAACUUAUGUUGUCAGAAGAUGGAGUUGUCUUCAAAAAUGUUUGCUAAAAUUGUUUUACAAAAUAGGUAAUAAUAAAAAAGUGUUGAUUAUG